UUUGCCCACCCCUGUCCUAGGCAUAUUCAGUCGUUUCCGUCUUCUCUGUUUCCACAGCUGUCGUGCUUUUACUCUGAAGGUCCCAUCCCUUCUCUUUCCUGUGUGCUCCGGGCUAAGAGUCGUCGCCUUGACGCUCCUCCCUGUUGCUGCUGGGAAUGAGCGCACAGUGAAGUGUUGGUCUGUCCGUGUGUCGUCCACUAUGCCACGGGUCCAGCGGUGUCAGCUGUAAUGAAGCAGUGUAAUGUACCGGACCGGACGGACCCCCUGACACUCCGCACUUAUUCCUCUUCGUCCCUGCAGAAGAUGGUCGCUGGCGGCUAGUUCCAACUUCGGACUCCGUGGCUUUUUUCCUCGGCGAAGCGCACUGAAAUCAGUUGUGGUCCUGAGAUGACGGAAGUAGAACCAGUGUUGGACUUUGCCUCCUCGGGACGCUCGGGGAGGAGAAAUGCCCUGCCUGAUAUCCUGGGCUCACCAGCAGGCGUAAACCCUGGCGACCUGCCUCUGAAGCUGGCUGAGCUGUCCCUCAAAGAUGGUCCGGGAGGGGCCCAGUCACCCACGGCGGAGGGGCCUCCAGCGCCACCGGAGGGCUCAGAAGGGAAAGAGGGAUCGUAGGGACUCGUUUAUUUACC